CCCUUAACUGUAGAGAUGUAUAUAUAAACUACUUUUUUCAGAAUAGACAAAUUAUUUGAUGUGCAUUAACUAAUAACGGUUCACAUUCUGAACAUUGGCUUGUCGUUGGGCGUUUAUGAAUAAAGGAAGAGAAGACUCAUUUCAUUUUUGACCCUCCGGCCAUGUGGCUUCCACUUCUCUUUUUCCAACUGCUCCGAGUGGUGGGAUCGAACCAGCCGGUCCUCGGCUUCCUUGGAGGAAGCGUGACCCUGUCCCCUGCCCUAGAUGUGACCCAGCGGAACAUUUCCUCCAUCAAAUGGCUCAUCCUGUCCAACGACACAUGGAUCGCGACCUACCAAGGCGGGAAAACCAAGACCAACCAUUUCUGGCAGUACAGGGGAAGGCUCCACCUCGACAUUUCGUCAGGUGACCUGAUGAUCAAAAAUCUGAUCAGAAAGGAUGCCAUGAAAUACGUUUUGGAAGUGGGUUUCCAAGGAGAUGAAGAAAUCAGCCGCAAGUUCGUCCUCAGAGUUGAACAACGCCUCGCGCAGCCCCGGGUCACCAAGCACCACGGCUGGUCGGAGGACGGCAGCUGCAUCCUGAGGCUCCAGUGCUUCUCGCCGGACCCUUCCGUGAACUUCACCUGGAGCUCCACGCCUCCCGCCACCAACCGGACCCUGGCCAAGUGGCUCCACCCACACUCCGCCUUCCUCCUGGCCACCAUGGGAGAGGACGACAAGGUCGGCUUCACCUGCAACACCACCACAGCGCUGGAGUCCGCCAGCCACACUCUUGACGUCGUGUGUGGUCGAGGUGAAAACGUUAUGGACUCUCUAACCUGUCUCUCUUUCUCUUUCUCUUUCUCUUUCUCUCUCGUUCUGAAUCAAUCCAAAGAACACACUCCAACUUUUUUUCAUGGUGUUCUCCUCGGGAGCUGCCUUGGUAUUCUGCUUGCGAUGAUAACUUAUAUCCUCAGAGAAAGAAUUGAAGCUUCUAUUUAUUUAUUAUCUCAUCGUUAAAGGAGGCCGGUCAAACAAACGCACAUCUGUGGCGACCGAAGAGAACAGGACUUUAUGAAUGAAGGAUCCAGUAUGGACAAGUGUUUUAUUUAUACCUUCUGCUAGAAAUAGUUUGUUGAUUUGAUUGGAGUGCCUUGUACUGUACAGUAGGGAUGCUUUUUACCCUUCUCUUGGUUUGAUUUGUUAAUAUAUUAAAACAUUGUGAAUGUUAUAUUGUUCUAAAGGCUUUUGUGUGCUUGUCAAUUUGUAAUUGGUAUUUUACUCUGGGUAUGGGUUUCUUAAGGUGGUCCGGUGAGGAGCAGCUCAGAGAUCCUGGAUUUUGGUUGGCCGAGAUGGGUUCUUGGGUUCUUUCAUUGAAUUAAAAUUUCAAAAUAGUGUCGA